CUCCUCUCCACCCAUGACCAACUGAACGCCCCACUGCUCCGACGCACAUCUCCAGGGGCGGAGAAGAGUCCGCGAGUUUGACUUUCAGAGCAACAUGGGAUUCGAGUUGGACCGCUUCAAGGGCACCGUGGACCCGGACUUCAAAUGCAACUUGUGCAACAAAGUCCUGGAGGACCCGCUGACGACUCCGUGCGGCCACGUCUUCUGCUCCGGCUGCGUGCUGCCCUGGGUCGUCCAGCAGAGCAGCUGCCCCGUCAAGUGCCAGCGCAUCUCCGCCAAGGAGCUGAACCACGUCCUGCCGCUGAAGAACCUCAUCCUGAAGCUGGAGAUCAAAUGCGACAACCACGCGCGGGGCUGCGACGCGGUGGUGAAGCUGCAGCACCUGGCCGAGCACGCCGAGGUGUGCGCCUUCGGCCCGGCCAAGUGCAGGAACAAAGGAUGCGACGCGGUGCUCAGCCUGCGGGACGUGGACGCUCACAUGCGGGACGCGUGCGAGCACCGGGCGGCCGGGCUCUGCGAGGGCGGCUGCGGGCUGACGCUCACGCACCGGGAGCAGAAGUUAAAGAGCCACUGUUGCGUGAGAGCCCUGAAGGCGCACAACGGCGCGCUGCAGUGCAAACUCCUCAUCCUGGACCGGGAGUUGAAGAAGCAGGCGAUCGAAGCCAACAAGAGGGAGAAGUCKCUCCUGGCCCAGCUCUCCUCCGUGCACGGCGAGCUGCAGAUGACAGCGCUCAAGUACCAGAAGAAAUUCACCGAAUACAGCGAGAGGAUCGACUCCCUGACACAGACCGUGACCUCCUCCUGCCAGGAAGACCAGACUAAAMAUGUGACAGUUGUCCUUCUUCGUGAGGGUGGAUCUCUGGGUUUUAACAUCGUAGGAGGAAGGCCAUGCGCGGAUGACAAUGACAGCACUUCAAACGAAGGGAUCUUUGUAUCCAAGAUUGUUGAGAAAGGUCCAGCGGACAAGGAGGGAGGCCUUCAAAUUCACGACAGAAUAAUUGAGGUAAGAGAAUCAUCCUUUGCCCCCAAAAAAUCCUUUCUGAUGUGCCGUGUCAAUGGUAAGGAUCUCUCCAAGGCCACCCACGAACAGGCAGUGGAGGCGUUCCGCACCGCCAAGGAGCCCAUCAUGGUUCAGGUUCUGCGCCGGGCCCCUUACCCCAAACUGGUCAGUCCUGCUGCAGACAUCCAGGUGUCAGACAUGGGCACGCAGACAGACAUCACCCUGCAGCACAUCACGGCUCUUAGCAAUAUGCCUGCGUCCUCACCGCCAAUGACAGAGCUGGAAGAGUAUCUGCUGCCGGACGAGCAUCCUCCUGGGCAUGCAUUCUUUGACCCCAACGAUUUCCUAGAGGGAAUGCAACAGGACAUAGAGCGUGAGGGGCUGGAAUAUGAGGAGGUGGAUCUGUACCGGGCCAACAUCCAAGAUAAACUUGGCCUGACCAUCUGUUAUAGAACUGAUGAUGAAGAUGAGGCUGGGAUUUACAUCAGUGAGAUCGACCCAAACAGCAUCGCUGCAAAGGACGGCAGAAUUAGGGAAGGGGACAAAAUUGUACAGAUAAAUGGUGUUGAGAUCCAAAACCGUGAGGAUGCUGUGGCACUGUUGACCACUGAGGGCAACCAGAAUAUCUCUUUGCUGGUGGCCAGGCCAGAGAUCCAGCUGGACGACAGCUGGAUGGAUGAUGACAGGAAUGACUUCCUGGAUGACCUCCACAUGGACAUGCUGGAGCAGCAGCACCAUCAGGCCAUGCAGUUCACUGCCAGCAUGCUGGAGCAGAAGAAGCRUGAGGAGGAUGGAGGCACCACAGACACAGCCACACUGCUCUCCAACCACCACGAGAAGGACAGCGGAGUCGGCCGCACCGAUGAGAGCACUCGAAACGACGAGAGCUCGGAGCACGAGAACCUGGCCGACGAUCAGACCACCACAGCCUCCAACACCCUGGGCAGCUGCAGGAAGCUGGCCUACAGCCAGGACACCCUCGGCAGCACCGACCUGCCCUUCAGCGGCGAGUGCUUCGUCUCGGCGGACUACACCGACGCCGACUUUCUGGGCAUCCCAGCCGACGAAUGUGAACGUUUCCGAGAACUGCUGGAGCUCAAGUGUCAGAUGAGGAGCAGUGGAGCUCAGGGCCCGUACGGUCAGGGCGCCGGGGCGGGGGGUCAGGCCGAGGAGGGUGUGGACAAGGAGCUGGAGCUGCUGAACGAGGAGCUGCGCAGCAUUGAGCUGGAGUGCCUGAACAUUGUCCGCGCUCACAAAAUGCAGCAGCUGAGGGAGCAGUGCCGGGAGUCGUGGAUGCUCCACAACAGCGGCUUCCGCAACUACAACACCAGCAUAGACGCCCGGCGCCACGAGCUGUCCGACAUCUCGGAGCUGCCGGAGAAAUCGGAUAAGGACAGCUCCAGCGCCUACAACACUGGGGAGAGCUGCCGCAGCACGCCUCUCACUCUGGAGCUGUCUCCGGAUAACUCCCUCCGUCGAGGAGCAGAGRACCAGGGCACAGCUGGACCGUCUGGCUCCAGCAGCUCCGUUGGCAAAAUGCUCAAGCCCCUCUUAUCCCCCGUCCAGGAGGCCUGUGGCCCCAGCAGGAGCAGAGGCUCGUCCAAGGACCCAGAUGGAGCGCUGCAGGCUGAAAACAAAGAAAGAAAGCUCGGAGACUCCAGUAAGACCGGCCGCAGCUUCUCCCACUCCCCCUACAAACACGCUCACAUCCCCGCCCACGCCCAGCACUACCAGAGCUACAUGCAUCUGAUCCAGCAGAAGUCAGCCGUGGAGUACGCCCAGAGCCAGAUGAGCCUGGUCAGCAUGUGCCGGGACCCCAUCAGCCUCAGCGACCUMGAGCCCAAGAUGGAGUGGAAAGUGAAGAUCCGCAGCGACGGCACCAGGUACAUCACAAAGCGGCCCGUCCGGGACAAGCUGCUGAGGGAGCGCGCCCUGCGGAUUCACGAGGAGCGCAGCGGCAUGACCACGGACGACGACGCCAUCAGCGAGCUGAAGAUGGGCCGCUACUGGAGCAAGGAGGAGAGGAAGCAGCACGCGGUGCGAGCCAAGGAGCAGAAGCAGCGCCGCGAGUUCAUGAAGCAGAGCCGGGCCGACUGUCUGAAGGAGCAGAGCAGUACGGAGGACAAAAAGGAGCCGAACAUCAUCGAACUCAGCCACAAAAAAAUGAUGAAAAAGAGGAACAAGAAAAUAUUUGACAACUGGAUGACCAUCCAGGAACUGCUGACCCAUGGUACCAAGUCACCUGACGGCACRAGGGUUUACAACUCUCUGCUGUCUGUGACCACAGUCUGAGGAAGAGACCCCUGCUUUAGGCAAAGUGACAUUAUUGUGUAAAUAAGAAAGCAGAAAGGCUUUUUCUGGAUGAAAAUUUUCCUCGCUGCAGUGAAGAGGUUCAUUAAAAGAGGACUGGGUUUGACUGAGUGGGACUUGUCUGUAAAUGGAUUUUUUAAAGCAUUUUUCAUUAACCUUUUCUACCUUUUGUGCUUGCUCUUUUGGAUAUUUUUAAAACAACAAAAAAAAACAACAAUCAUGUUUGACUUUUUGAAAAGGUUUUGAAAGUUUAUAAAGAACGUGUGCCAUACUUUACCAGRCAGCAUUUACACUAUUUACAUUAUUUUGUUUGUACCAUAUAAUUAUAUAUCGCUCUUGUCAGUAUUUUACAGCUUUUAUUGAAACAAUACAAUUUUCCCUAAAAGGUAGAAAGCACGUCCCUUUUUAAAAGGAUUUUUGUAAAUUAAAAAGUCUAAUUUUUCUAAGAAAUUAACAUCACUUUGUUUAAAAUCUUAAAUGGUGCUGAUUUCCCAAAGUUAAACACCACCAGCGAUGUGUCAUGUGUUCCAUGAUGCAGAGAACAUCAUUAAGUGAUAAUGUUGUGACUGUAUGUACAUUUAUAGAAAGAUGUCUCUUAUGUUGUUGAUACUGAAGCACCUGUUUGUUUAUCACACAUGUAGUUGCUUUUGCUUUGGUAGGAUUACAUGUAUUAAGCAGAAAACCAGCUUAACAAAUCCCUGGGUAGCCACGCAAUUUGAGCCUUGUAAAGUGAGAGGCGUAAUAAAUUAUUGUUUGAAAUCUGAUGAGCUUUGAAAUGUUGUUGAAGUUUGUUGUUUGUAAGAGGUGCUGAAAAAAGCAUAGCCACACAAAUUAAAAAAAAAAAUUAAAAGAAAAAUCACAAUUAUGCCAA